AUGUUCUUGCGGACCCAGUUUGAAUCAGCUUGCAAGGGUUAUGCAGCAAAGCAUCAGCACAAACAUUGGUCCUGGUCAAGUGGCUAUUUGUCUCGCACUUCCUUAUUACAUCGUUCCUCUCAUACCCUAAACGACGGAGACGAAGACCCAGCCACUGCACCACCCGCCCUUCAUGACCUUCUUACUGUACAGCAAUAUGUAGUCUACUCACCCACUUUCCGGGUCCCAACUUUCUAUUUCACAAUCCACGAUUCAACUGGGGCACCCUUACCAUUGGCCGAUAUCGUUCAUUCCUCUCUCUUUAAGUUCCCACCCGAUAGCGAAACAACCACCUUUGCUCUGACAUUGCCUGCUGCGACAUUCCCGCUUCUCUCGCAGGGUGAGCAUCCAAUCUUGGGAACGCCCUGUUGGUAUCUUCAUCCCUGCGAGUCCGAUGCUGCUGUUAGUGAACUGCUGUCUGAGAUUCAGCAGGUGGGAUGGAGUGAAGAAAUGAAGUUGGUGGGAUGGAUGGAGAUGUGGUUCAUGACCGUAGGAACUGUGCUUGAUGUCUAA